AUGGUUGUGUUGACUGAAACAAGAGUAAAGGUGAAUAAUAAAGAUAAGGUGCAAAGGAAAUUUGGGAGAGGUUGGACUUGGUGUGAUAAUUAUUCUCAUCAUCCUAGGAGAAGGAUAUGGAUUGCUUGGAAUGCAAUCAUGGUUCAUGUGGAUGUUUUAUCAUCUUCUGACCAAUUUAUUCAUAGUGUUGUUACAAACAAACACUCUCAGCAGCAAUAUCAUUUCACUGCAGUGUAUGGACUUCACACUGUUGAUACUAGAAGACCAUUAUGGACUGCUCUGCAUCAUCUUAGUAAUUUGGUUAACAAGGAAUGGUUAAUUACGAGUGACUUCAAUUAUGUGCUUGAAAGCUCAGACAGUAUUAAUGGUGCUCCUAUUACCAAUAUUGAAACUCAAGACUUUAGAGAGUUGCUUGAUCAAACUGAUUUAACUGAGGUUAGAGGUAUUGGAGAGUUUUUUACCUGGUCUAACAAGAGACAAGGAGAAGGUGACUGCUGCAUGGAAACAAUAUUGCCUAAAAAUUUAUAUGAUAUAUGGAGCAACCUGAAAAAUGUGAAGAUGGUCCUUAAACAGUUGCAAAUUAAUGAGUUCUCUCACAUCACUAACCAUAUUAAGAAUGCAAGAGAGGAGCUGGACCUAAUUCAAACUCACAUUCAGUUUGAUAGAUUCAAUAUAGAGCUUCAUAAUCAAGAGCAGCACACCAUUUCUUCUCUAAGGAAGUGGCUUACAAUUGAAGAAAAUGUCAUGAGGCAGAAAUCUAGACUUCAAUGGUUAAAACUUGGAGAUUCAAACACUAAGGUGUUCUAUGCAGCCAUGAAAGAAAGACAAGCCAUGAACUGCAUUGAUGUAAUAUAUAAUGCUGAUGGCAGGAAGCUCACAAAACCUGAUGACAUCCAAGAGGAGUUUAAGGUUUUCUACAGUAAGCUGAUGAGAAGUUGUGAUGAUCAUCUAUUAGGGGCUGACCUUUCAAUUAUUAGAAAGGGGCCUACUCUGAGUACGCAGGCUAGGAGAGCUCUUAUCACUCCCAUUACUUUAAGGGAGAUUGAUUAUGCCAUGUCAAGUAUUGAUGGAGACAAAGCUCCUGGAUUAGAUGGAUUCAAUGCAACAUUUUUCAAACACAUGUGGCCUGUCAUCAAAUAG